AUGACCUGUAUGUUGUACAGCAACCUAGUAGGAUUCUUCAAGUCUGUUCUGCAAGAGGAAGAGGUUUUUUUUGUGUGUGCAGCAGGGAAACAGCAAAAUGACUGUAAAAGUGUGUCUCCUGUUGUGGAAGCUCUCAGCUGGCUGAGUGUGCCCUCUGUGUCCCUCUUCGGUUUUAUUGUGCGUCUCUUGAGCAGCAGGCGGGUCGUGCAGUGCUGUUUACUCCCUCCAUCAGACUUUUCCUCUGAGCCACACGGACGCCACAGUACGAAAAUCAAUAAUUAUCUUUCUGUGAUGGUGAUAGCUCUCUUGUGCUUCACUCACCACAAAUGGCAGUUUUAUAUCAAUCAUCUUUCUGACAUAUUAUGGGAUGGCUGGUUGUACCUCCUGGCCAUCCUGAGCACAGUAUUUGUGGUGUGUGUGUGUGUGUGCAGAGCGGAGGCAGGGGGCUGCUGUGCUGGAGCACAUUUUCUAUUGACAGUGAUAGAUGCAGCACUUGUUCUAUUUAGUAAAUAUCAACGGCAGAAGUUAGUCUGUAUCUGCUUAAGACUAUGA